AUGCAGGUGAAUAAUUCCACUAACAGCACUGAGGAUGCUGAAGUGGAGGACACUGUGGCCUUCCCUAAUGAUCUGUACAGCCAGGCGUCCAAAGCAUCAGCUGAGGAUAAACUUGGUUUCACAGUGCAGGUUCUGGAGGAGAUGGCCGUCCUGUUUGAGGAGGAUCACAGUGCUGCAUCAUGGGAGGAGAGCACAGUGAAGGACUUUGUCAACAUUGUGACCCAGCAGGCUGACGGCCUUCACUCCUGUGUAAGUGUCAGGGUGGAUUAACAGCCUCACUUGUUCCCUUACAUUUCAAACUGAAUGCAUCAGCACUCUCUGCCUGAUUUCUCUUCCUCCACAUCCUGUUGACUGAAAGAGUCAGUUGUGUUUUUUUAAACAUGAUUUUUGAUCUUUGAUUCAUUUAGACUGGGAGCCACAGCCACAAGAAGAAGAACAAGAAGCUGCACAUGUAUUUCAAGAGACUGUCAGGCCACGUCCUAGAACGAAUGGUAAGUCUAUCUAUCUAUCUAU